CCUCGUCCAUUCAGUCUUUUGCGAGAUUUUAUCGUGUGCGGACGUGUCUGCGGGUUUAUUUGCGAACUCUUUGGCCAUACAUCAUACGGGUCCCGGUCCUGUCCUGGAUUCCACAUCCCGAAGCUGCAGUCGUUACUCACGCGAUUCACAUAGAUGCAUUGGCCAGCCGUUUGGCGCCACAGCCCCCACCACACACAGUUCGGGAGUCGUCUCUGAUUUAACUUGCAAACAGAACAAAAAGUGCCAAAACAAACAAAACAAAAAGAAAACUAAAGAAGAAGUUCAGCGAGAGAUUUGAGUGCAACAAUGGGGAGGACGACAUAUGCGGCGGCAUGGCUGCUCGGAUUCUGGUGUCUCGUUUGUCUAGCUGCCGCGGCGCAGGGCAGCAGCAGUAGUCGUUCGGUGGGAGCAUCUGCCACACUGCUGGCACACAAGGAUGUGGCACACAUGCACAAGCUCAAGAGGCAGCAGGACAAACACCAGCAGACGCUGCAACUGCAACUGCAGCAAGGAGUAACUGGAGUGGCAGGGACCAAGCAGCAGCCGAAGAAGCAGCUGUCCCGAAGCGCACAUGGCCUGAACAAGAAGCUCCUUGGCCAAAUGGGCUUCAUGAAGGUGAAGGCUCCGAACAGCCACAACCGGAAACGUUUGGCCGUUGAGUCACGACGCCAUGCCUCGCGCGAUGACUCACACAUGUUCAUCAUCAAAUUGCCGCCAAAUAUGCACUACUAUGCAGGACCCAAUGCCAAUGCCGUACAGAAUGCAGCAGCAGCAGCACCAGAGAUGGCCAGCGGCAGCCAAAAAGGCAACGCACCCAGCAAAAUGGAAGCGACAGCAGCAGCAGCAGCAGCCUCGAGAAGAUCAGCCACACAAGCAACCGCAGCAGCAGCAGCAACCGCAACGGAGGCGUCGGCGUUGAAAGCUAACGGGAAAAAGGUCUCAUUUCCCUUCAGCUCGAACGGUCGGCCGGGUCGCAUCUACCACUGGAACCUGCCGGUGCUGAAGCAGGCGCUGCAGAAGAAGCCUCACUUUGCCCACGUCUCGGCGUCGGACCGUAACCGGCUGCUGGACAUCGAGAAGAUACCCACCUGGCGCAAGCCCUGGGAAAAUGAGACCAUCGAGAAAUCUAUCACCACCAGCAGCGGCAAGUCCAAGUACAAGAAGUCCCUCAAGCCCAAGUCGCCCACAUACUACGCGCCCUCCCAAGCGGUCAGCAAGCAGAGUUUCCACAAGUACUUUGCCGGCAAUGGCAAGCCCAAGGGCUUCUACGUCAUCAAGGAGCACCAGAGCAAGCCGCAGUUCUAUCACAACAUCAUAUCAUAAUCUAAUCAGCGUAGCCCAUAGGCGGAUCUACUCCCAUUCCAUAACACAACUUCUACUUCUACUUUAGAACACUUCCGUCCAGUUUCGACACGGAUUGCACAUGUCGCAAUCCCUGCAUACGUAAUACUCGACCGCACUCACUGUCCAACAGCUGGGUGUGUGUGAAAUCUAUUUUUAUAAACGCAAAGAAUACAAUAACAGCCACGGAAUGGCCCAUGGUUCCUCGCUGCAUCGCCACAUUUAUCCGUGGUGGAGAGAGGGGAACGGGGACCAUUUCGAACUGCAUUUUAGCCUAAGCAACUGCGGAAAGCAAUAAAUUAUGGCAAAAGCAACAAAUAUCAACGCUAGGUUUAAGUGCAUGUACGAUUUUGUUUUGGAUAAAUAAAUAUUGACUGAUUUUUA